AUGACCGUCACAGCCUCAUUCAGCCGACUCCAGAAAAAAGCUAAGGCCAGUCCUUCCCCCCCUCACCCGGGUGGCAGAGCUCGGAAUCUUCCUCUUCCUCCAUCACCACCUAGAGGAGGAGAUCUAAUGGCCUAUGACAGAAGCGGGAAACCUGGAGACCGUUAUGAUGGCAUGGUUGGUUUCAGUGUUGAUGAAACCUGGGACUCUGCAGUAGAUACAUGGAGCCCAUCAGAGUGGCAGAUGGCUUAUCAACCACAGGGUGGCUCUAGAUAUCAUUAUUCCUAUGCUGGGGGUCAUGGCUCAUAUGGUGAUCUUGGUGGACCUAUUAUUACUACACAAGUAACUAUUCCCAAAGAUUUGGCUGGAUCUAUUGUUGGCAAAUGUGGUCAGCGGAUUAAACAAAUGCGUCAUGAGUCAGGAGCUUCGAUCAAAACUGAUGAGCCUUUAGAAGGGUCCAAAGAUCGGAUCAUUACGAUUACAGGAACACAGGACCAGAUACAGAAUGCAUACUAUUUGCUGCAGAACAGUGUGAAGGAUGUGAAGCAGUAUUCUGGAAAGUUUUUCUAA